GGCCACUUCGGAAGCUGACGGUCGGAUGAUGGUAAGCGGAGGGGCGCUGCUAUACAAGUUAUACAGGGCUCUGAGCUACGGUGUUUCACCGUUGGUUCACCUUCACUUGCGGUGGCGUCGAUUCCGGGGCCUCGAACACCCCCACCGCUGGCCGGAGCGUCUUGGUCAUCCUUCUCGGCCUCGCCCUCCGGGACCUCUCAUUUGGUUUCAUGCCGUUUCAUUAGGUGAAGGAAUGGCGGCCCUUCCUGUAGUCAAACAGUGCAUCCAGAGGAUCCCUAACUUAACCAUAUUGAUGACCACGACAACAAUGUCUGCAUUUCAAGUUCUAAACAAUUGGCUUCCGAAUGAAAUCAUUUUCCAGCUUGCACCAGUUGAUGCUCCCGCUUCCAUACAUUCCUUCCUUCGUUACUGGAAACCUCAAGCAAUUGUACUAAUGGAAAGUGAACUAUGGCCAAAUCUUAUUAUGGAUGCUUCCAAAAAUGGUAUAGCACUUGUACUGUUAAAUGCCCGGAUGUCAGAAAAAUCCUUUAAAGUGUGGUCAAGAUCAUUGCUUCUGCCAUUAAUUUCUUUAAUGCUAUCAAAGUUUUCCUUGAUUUGCCCAUUGAGUACAGCUCAGGCUAUCCGUUUUCAGCUACUGCAAGCUGCUCCUUCUGUCAUAAGCUUUUCUGGUGACCUAAAAUAUGUAAUAGAAGAUUUAGGAGUCAGUGAAGGACAGAAAAGUAUAGACAAACUGAAAGCACAGCUUUCCUGCUGCCAGGUUUGGAUGGCAUCCUCCAUUCAUAGGGGAGAAGAAGAAAUAAUAUUUGGAGCUCACAGAGUCCUCAUGCAACUACUGCCUAAUAUAGUCACUAUUAUUGUACCUCGGCAUCCAAGACAUGGACAAGAGAUUGCUGAAAAAUUGGAGAAAGAAGGACAGAAUGUAGCUUUGAGGUCUCAGAAUGAGGAGCUUAAGCCCGGAACGCAUGUUUAUGUGGUGGACACUUUGGGUGAGUUAAGACGCAUGUACACAUUGACACCAAUCGCUGUGAUUGGAGGUUCUUUCUUCCCUGAUUUUGCUGGUCAUAAUAUUUCUGAAGCUGCUGCAGCUGGCUGUGCUGUUUUGACAGGCUGCCACAUCGGGCAUUUCUCCCAUAUGGUGCAGGAAAUGCAACGACUGAACCCCUUGUCAGUCCUUCAGGUUUCUGGAAAAAUGGAGCUUGAAAAGGCUCUUAUCGAGCUCUUCGCAGAUGAAGCAGUUUUGGAAGCACGACGUAGGGCUGCAAAAGAAGCAUUUAAUCAUUUGUCCAGCGAUAUUAUUGCUAGAAUCUGGAGCUCGUUAGAAUUUCAUAUCUUCCGUAGGCUAUCGGCGGUGGGCAUCGAGAUUAACGCCAGACGCGACAAAAAUGAAGGUGAAAAUGAAAUCUCACCAAUUAACAGCGACUUCUGAUCUUCCGGAGAUUGAAGAUGCCACAAGCAUUCGGAUAACAUCUAUUUCUUCCCGAGACACAGGAAAUCGAAUGCAACCCCCCCUUUUUUUUAUUUUUUAUUUUUAGUGUGCCUCUGCGAUUUUUUCUCGACAUUCAUGGAGGAUCUGUGUAUAGCAUACCAGCUCAAGUAGGGUUUUAGUUAGUCAACAGGACUGGCCUCUAUAGGAUUCUUUCACCAUUGCGCUGUGAAAAGUUAAAAAGCAGAGCUUUGAAGUAAUCCCCAAAUGUUACCAACAGGAUGGAGCCUCUAUUUUACGAGACAGACAUGACGUUGGAGGUUCCAUUUUCUGUAGCUCGCACUUCUUUUAA